AUGGUGCUCUCGCUCAGCAAGACCAGCCAAAGGCUGGCUCGCGUUCAGCGCUCAUUGCCGGCAUGCGGAAGCCAGGCACGAACGCUGGCCACUGCAGCCUCGAGGAUCGGUGACACAAAGGUGUCGAUGAGCAACUUUGAGAAGGACUCCUACAUCAACUAUCAGCGAAUCGAGGACAAUCUCGCAGUCAUUCGUCAGCGGCUCAACCGCCCUCUGACGCUGUCCGAAAAGGUCCUCUACGGUCAUUUGGACAAUCCUCAUGAUGCCGACAUUCGUCGAGGCGCGUCUUACCUCAAACUGCGCCCCGACAGAGUAGCCUGCCAGGAUGCGACAGCCCAGAUGGCUCUACUGCAAUUCAUGUCUGCCGGUCUGCCUACUGCCGCAGUCCCUACGACGGUCCACUGUGAUCAUCUCAUCGAGGCUCAGACGGGUGGCGUAGCCGAUCUCAAGCGCGCCAACGACAUCAAUAAGGAAGUCUACGAUUUCCUGGCUACUGCCACGGCCAAGUAUGGCAUCGGAUUCUGGAAGCCAGGCUCGGGCAUCAUCCACCAGAUCAUCCUCGAGAAUUACGCAUUCCCAGGUGGUCUGAUGAUCGGCACUGAUUCUCACACUCCCAAUGCUGGCGGUCUCGGCAUGAUCGCUGUCGGUGUCGGAGGUGCAGACGCAGUCGAUGUCAUGUCAGACAUUCCUUGGGAGCUCAAGUGCCCCAAGGUCAUCGGCGUCAAGCUUACAGGCGCCAUCUCAGGCUGGACUACGCCCAAGGACGUCAUCCUCAAGGUCGCUGGCAUUCUUACCGUCAAGGGCGGCACGGGUGCCAUCGUAGAAUAUCACGGACCGGGCGUCGAAUCACUCUCUGCAACGGGCAUGGGCACAAUCUGCAACAUGGGCGCAGAGAUUGGCGCCACGACCUCCAUGUUCCCCUACAACAAGCGAAUGGAAGCCUACCUGAAUGCGACCAAGCGCGCACCGAUCGCUCAGUACGCCAACUCCUUCGCACACAACCUGAAGCCAGACGAGAACGCGCAAUAUGAUGAGCUUAUCGAGGUCAACCUCAGCGAGCUUGAGCCUCACAUCAACGGUCCUUACACGCCCGAUCUUGCCACGCCAUUGAGCAAAUUCGCUGCGGCGGUCAAGGAGAACGACUGGCCCGCAGAUCUGCGUGUUGCCCUCAUUGGCUCUUGCACCAACUCGUCCUACGAAGACAUGUCCCGCUCUGCGUCCAUUGCCCAAGAGGCAGCUGAUCACGGUCUGUCUGUCAAGUCUGCUUUCACCGUCACACCCGGAUCAGAGCAGAUCCGAGCGACAAUCGAGCGAGAUGGUCAGAUGGGUGUUCUUGAGGGAGUUGGCGGCAUGGUACUGGCCAACGCUUGCGGUCCUUGCAUCGGUCAAUGGGAUCGUCAGGAUGUUCAGAAGGGCGAGGCUAACUCGAUCAUCACAUCAUACAACCGUAAUUUCACUGGCAGAAAUGACGCCAACCCUGCCACGCGCGCAUUCGUCGCCUCGCCUGACAUUGUGACCGCGAUGGCUUUCGCUGGCGAUCUCACGUUCAACCCGAUGACAGACUCGCUCAAGGGCAAGGAUGGCAAGAUGUUCAAGUUCUCAGACCCGUCCGGCAAGGAGCUCCCCCCUCGCGGCUAUGACCCAGGCGAGAACACCUUCCAGGAGCCACCUGCGGAUCGCGAGAGCGUCCAGGUCGCUGUUGACCCCAAGUCGGAUCGUCUACAGCUCCUGAAGCCGUUUAGCAAGUGGAAUGGCAAGGAUGUCACCGAUGCGCCUGUGCUGAUCAAGGCAAAGGGCAAGUGCACGACCGAUCACAUCUCUGCCGGCGGUCCCUGGCUCAAGUUCAGAGGCCAUCUCGAGAAUAUCUCCCAAAACUGCUACAUCGGCGCCAUCAACGAAGCGAACGACAAGGCCAACUCUGUCCUCAACCAGCUCACGGGCGAGUGGGACGGUGUCCCCCAAGUCGCAGCUUCGUAUAGAGAUAAGGGUAUUCCGUGGGUCGUCGUCGGUGAUUGGAAUUUGGGCGAAGGCAGUAGCAGAGAGCAUGCCGCUCUUGAGCCUCGCUUCCUUGGUGGCGCUGCCGUCAUCACCCGAUCUUUCGCACGUAUUCACGAGACCAACUUGAAGAAGCAAGGCAUGCUCGCAUUGACUUUCAAAGACCCAGCAGACUACGACAAGGUCAAGCAUGAUGACAAGGUCGACAUCCUAGGCCUCGACUCCUUCGCUGAAGGCUCUGAGCUUACCUUGCGACUUAAGCACAAGGAGGGCUCGAACGAAGAGGUCCCGCUCGUUCACUCAUUCAAUGCUGGUCAGAUAGAGUGGUUCAAGAACGGCUCAGCCUUGAACACGAUGGCCGCCAAGGCAAAGAAGGCGUAA